GGUUUCCUGUUCUGCAUCUGCUUGACCACAUUUCCCCCUAACUCUUCAAAAAUCCAGCACCAGUUGCUGCCUGUGCCGCAACACUUCACCGGCCAGGGAACGGAAUCGAGAACCAAGAAACAGAGCCGAAGCAUGAACAAGACGGAGUUGGUCACCGUUGUGGGAUUUGCCAUGUUGUUGCUGUUCCCGCCGAGCCACGCUGAGGUCUGUCCUCCCCCCUGCCGCUGUCGGUCCCUGGGAGAAUCGAAGGGUCUGCACAUCGACUGCAGCUCGCGGCAGCUGCGGGAAGUGCCGGCCUUGCCGCUCCACACCAGGCGGCUUUACCUGCACAACAACAGCCUGAGCUGGGUUCCUCCCGGCACCCUGGAUGGCCUGCGCGGCCUGGAGGAGGUGAGGAUGUCUGACAACCCUUGGAACUGUGACUGUCACAUUCUGUAUCUGAAACUCUGGUUAGAAGACAUCUCCGCGGCCUCUCUUGCAAACGUCAGGUGCGCGAGCCCGGCUCCACUGAGGAUGAAGCCCCUGAGGCAGCUGACUGGGAACGAGCUGGGGGUUUGUAAGAGGUUCCUCCCAAUCAAGUGUCUUGACUUCUUCUGGCGAGACCUCAUUUUAAUUGCUGGAGUAAUAAUUACACUUAUUUUAGUAGCAUGGGCUCUGAAAUUCUCAAAAAAGCUGGUCUGCCAGAUAAACCUAAGGCAAUACAACUGCAGGCGCUGACUCCCGGGAAAGUGUGCCUCCAAAAACCACAAGACACAUGAGCUGUUUGCUACCACUGGAUUAACCAGAAGCAUCAAAUUGUUCUACCACAAAAAAGCACAUGCACUGACACACUAGUUCUAAUGGUGAACAAUGCUAGAAACAGAUCCCAGGGCUCAAAAUCUGGGUCCUCAGGCAAGCUUAAUUUAAUUUCCUUUCAAAAAUAAGCCUUGCAAUGUAUUGACAAGCAAGUUUCAUUCUGCUGCCGUCUACUCAUGUGAAAAGCAGUUUCUAAAUUUUUAAAAAAUUAUUUAACUUAGCAUUUUUCCACUGAAUUCUCAGCUCUUAUAGCAAGAAGAUUUACAUCCCCAGAUCCUACAAUUUUUAAUAUAUGGAGGUGAACACCAAUUGUACUGUUUUAGCAAUUCUUUUCUCAGUUGGACACUGUGUGAGUUUGCAACUUGUUACCCCUUCACAGUGUCCCAAUGGCGCUGGUAGGAUCUGUUCUUGUGUGCAAACAAAUUCAAUCAUCUCUUCCUCAGGUUCAGGAGUUUCCUGCCAGCAAAACUGCUGUGAUUACAUAGGCUAGCCACUCAUUGUAUCCCUUGUUGAAUAUGUUUAAAGACGGACUGUGAUAAGAAUAUAAUCGGUAAAAAUAAUUUUAAAUAUUGUUGAAUUUCCUGGAGAGUGAACAAUAAAAAAGUGUUCUACAUGAAA